AUGGUCCAAACUUCACAAUUAGCAGCCGAGAAUCUGUUCUCUGCCAAAGGCCAUGUUUGUGUAGUUACAGGAGGCGGCACUGGAAUUGGUCUCAUGAUUACUCAGGCAUUGGCUGCCAAUGGAGCUCGAGUGUACAUCACAUCUCGCCGUAAGGAAGUCCUCGAGAACACUGCAAAGACCCAUUCACCAAGCGGAGAUGGAGAGAUCAUCCCCAUUGGGCCUUGUGAUGUGACCAAAAAGGAAGACCUCGAGAACUUGGUAGCGGAGAUUGGUAAAAAGGAGAAAAGCAUCGAUCUUCUCGUUACAAAUGCAGGCAUAUCCGGUCCUAAAGGCUCACCUGAAAGCUCGGAUGCUUCAGAGCUGAACAAGAAUCUUUUUAAAAACGAAGAUUUCGCUUCUUGGUCCGACACUUUCAACACGAACGUCACUUCCGUGUAUUUCACUACUACAGCUUUUCUGCCGCUACUCCAAGCAUCUAUCAAGAAGGACGACCAUCACCUCUCACCAUCUGUGAUUGUGAUCUCUAGCAUGUCCGGAAUCAUGCGAGAUUCGCAAAAUCAUUUCGCAUACAAUGCUGCCAAGGGGGCAACGGUACACCUUGCAAAGUUGAUGUCCUAUGAAUUCAAGGAAGCAGGUAUUAGAGUUAACAGCAUCGCCCCUGGAUACUUCCCUAGCGAGAUGACUGCGAAAGAGAGUGGUGAGGACAACAAGAGUGAACUCCCAGAUGAAAAGAUCCAAGAGAAAGGACAUGUACCUCAUGGGCGCGCUGGGAGUGAUGAGGAGAUGGCAAUGGGAGCAUUAUUUUUGAUGAAAAACAAAUAUGUCAAUGGGGAAAUCAUCGCAAUAGAUGGAGGUGCACUAUUAGAGCUCCCAGGAAGGUGA